AUGGUGCGAAACGUCUUCAAUCGUGGCGCCAAACACGCUCAGGCGCAAGCGGCUCAAAUUGAAGCCCCUGAGUUCGAAGUCGUCACUUGGUGGAAGGACCUUGGUCUGAGAAAGCUGUACUUUUGGUGCGGUAUUCUGAUGAUGAUGUCUGCAUCGACAGGCUUUGACGCGAAACUUAUGAACACUUCGCAGGUCAUGGAUCAGUGGCAGAGCUCCUUCAACCAUCCGGCAGGGGGAAGACUUGGACUCAUCGUCGCUAUUCUCGACAUCGGAUCUCUUUCGAGUUUCUGGAUGGUCCCAUAUUGUGCAGACAAGUACGGCCGAAAGAUGCCUAUAAUCAUUGGCUGCGUCAUUGAAACCAUCGGCGCCUUCAUAGGAGCUUUGUCCAACAGUGAAGGAAGUGCCUGCUCCUGGCUGGCCUUGGCAACCAUCCGAAUCAUAGGCGACUGGUCGUGGAGGUCCCUCACCAUACUCCAGGCGUUCCCCGGUAUCUUGGUCCUCUCACUCAUCUACUGGAUCCCGGAGUCGCCGCGAUGGCUAGUUGCCAAGGAGCGUUAUGAAGAUGCCGAGAACAUGCUAUCCACUUACCAUGGAAAUGGGGAUAAGACGAAUGCGACGGUCGUGUUUGAGUUUCGUGAGAUGAAGCAGACUUUGGCUCUUGAGUUCCAGGAUAAGAAGUCUAGCAGCUAUCUCGACUUUGCGAGGACGGCAGGCAAUAGGUAUCGAGUUAUUCUGUUGAUCUCACUGGCGAUGGUGUCUCAUUACAGCGGUACGAACCUCUUUUCCAACUACGCCAACAAGAUUUACGAAGGCGCUGGUAUUCGCGAACAGACGAACAAAGUUCUUCUCAGUGGUGGACAGACUCUCCUCUCACUUAUCGUAUCAGUUUCCUUCUCGUUAGGCAUAGACCGAUUCGGCCGAAGACCAUUAUUCCUCACAGCAACCACAGGGAUGGUUCUCAUGUACAUGGGAUGGACUAUCAUCAGUUCCCAGUACGAGCGGACCCACGACCUCGCACGAUUUGGCUAUCCGCAAAUCGCCUUCAUCUGGCUCUUCAGUCUGUCGUAUCAGAUUGCGUGGACCGGGGUCAUGGCGGCCUACGCGUGGGAGAUCAUGCCGUAUAGUCUGAGGGCAAAGGCCGGGGUCAUAUCAACCAUUUUUGUCAAGGGCUUGAUUGUUCUCGGAAGCUAUACCAACCCUAUUGCAUGGGAUAACUUCACAGCAGCCGGUCAUGCAUGGACACUCGCGAUGUUUUACACGAUCUUGGACUUUUGCUACGUCUUGUUCGUGUACUUCUUCUACGCCGAGACAAAGAAUCUCACCCUCGAAGAGGUUGCCAAGGUCUUUGACGGCGAUGAGGCAAAGGUUGCAAGAAUGGACAUGGAAGACGUCUGGAACCAAAUAGAAGAGGAAAAGAAGAAGCAGAGUCACGUCGAAGUCAUCGCCCUCUCAUGAUGUUUAACAAAGUUGGGCUAUGCGGCUGAUCAAAAUCAGAAAGCACGCGCGGGCGGGCUUCGGGUCCUAAAAACUCCAAAAUGGUGAUCGAUAGUUGAGCAAUAUAAGGUGAAUCAGCGAGAGGUG